AUGCCGCCAGCAAAGAAGGAGUCCAAGGACAAGGACAAGAACACACAUAAACUUGCUCUGAAAGGCUCCUCCAAAACUGUCACAGAAUUUUUCGAAUACUGUAUCAACACAAUUCUGUNUUCAGCGUGGUGUUUAUCCACCAGAAGACUUUACAGCAGNUCAAGAAAUAUGGUCUUAACAUGCUGGNUCUCCCAAGAUGAUCAAGUCAAAGCAUACAUCAAGAAGAUCAUGUCACAACUGAACAAAUGGAUGCUCAAGUCAAAAAUCUCAAAACUCAUCAUUGUCAUCACCAGCAAAGAGACUGGCGAGCCUGUCGAGAGAUGGCAGUUUGACGUUANNGUCCAAAUAUUCGGCAAGGAGUCCAAGAAGAAGAGUUCAAGCAAGACCGUCGAUGAGAAUGCUGCCAGCACAACCGAGCAAGAACCUGAGAAGACCGACCAAGACGUACAACAAGAGAUCCAAUCCAUCUUCCGUCAAAUCACAGCUUCCGUUACCUUCCUACCCAUGCUCGAUGGCAACUGCACUUUCAACGUACUGGUUUAUGCCGACCAAGACUCAGAGGUGCCAUUGGAGUGGGGCGACAGUGAUGCCAAAGACAUUCAAGAUGCUGAGAAGGUGCAACUACGCAGCUUCUCCACCAACAACCACAAAGUCGAUACCCUUGUGAGCUACAGGUAUGCAAUAUUGUCACUGAGGCGGUCACAUGUCUUGCUUUGUACCUAUAUCUGA